AAUUUAAACAAACAUUCAUUCAAAAAUUCAGUCUCAAAAUCAUCUCUCUCCCUUCUUGCUCUCAGUUGAAGUCAAUUCUUGGAAUCAUGUCUGAAAUAGGAACAUCUUCUGUACAGUCAUCCCCUGAACAAGAAGAUCCACCCCAACCACAUAAUGGCAUAGAUUGCGGUACUGCAGCUGGAUGUGCAAACUGUGACUGCCAAUUGUUCUACCAAUCCUGUGUGCGGAAGCGCUUACCUGUGGAGUUUAAUGAACUUGGGCAGCCCAUUGGAGCAAAUGGAAGGAUACUGGCUCGAUCAAUAGGGGACAUCUCACGCAAUGGGAAGUUUGCACCCAUCUCCUACAUUCAUUGGAAAAUGGUGCCAGAUCAAAAGAAGGAAGAUAUGUUGAAGGUCAUAGGGGAGAGGUUUGAAUUCAAUGCAGAUAAAGGCAGAACAUGGAUCCUUGAAAGGCUAGGCCACUGUUGGAGGGAUUGGACGGCACAUUUGAAAGCGAGGUAUAUCGAUCCCUAUGACACUUAUGAGGAGAAAUUAGCAGCCUAUGACAAGAUAGUCAUUCCUGGUCUGAAACGACCUCGCCUGCGCUGUAAUAGCUCAGAGUGUCUGUUUGCAAAAGGUACUGAGGAUGUCACUCCUGAUCAGGAACUCAUCCAGCAGCCCAGUAGCCCAGAGGGUGUUAGCACUGGACAACCUACCAAUACUGAGGCCAUGACAGAGGCUGAGGCGGGGAAUCAGAGAUUAGAUGCAGAAAGCUUUGAGGGCAUGAUGGAACAACUGGAAGGCAUUGCGGCUGACUUAGAAGCGACGAAAGACAAAUUGGUAACUGCAGGAAGCCCAAUGAGUGAAUUGGCUAAAGUAGAAGAAAUGCUAAACCAGGUUGAAGGAAUGAAAAAGAGAAUGGUAAGUAGAAGAGGCGAUAUGAACACACUGGCUAACAUCAACCAUGGAGAUGUUAAAGAAGGAGGAGCUUCUAGCUGCACUCAAACAGAUGCUACAGAUGAAAGACAGCAACAAGGUUGAUGGUUUGUUAUUUUUUAUGUACUUUGCAAAUUUGGAUUUUUCUUGAAAUUGGAUUUAUGGGUUCAAAUUAAUGUUCUGAUUUCUUACUUUUUAGGGUUUUGAUUGUGGGCAAAAUCUUAGGAGCUGACUUGAAUCUAGGGUUUCAACAUGGGAUUUUAGCUUAAAUGGAGGAACUGUUGUUUGCCACUUGAAUUUUUUAGGGUUGUGUUUGAUCUAGGGUUUGAAUUUUGAAUUAAGGCUCUUAUUUAUUAAA